GCGGAGGCCCCACGCAGAGCCAGGCGGGGACGUCCGCGCCGAGCGGGCUGCAGGAGCUGGGACGGCCCUGACUUGCAUGCAGACUCCGGUUUCCGCCCCACGAUCCCGCCACGUGGUGGGCGGAUCCGGGCGGUUUUGAGCUUGCGACCUCGGUGAACCCUGGAGUCCCGGCCACAGCCCCGAGAGCGUGCGCUAAGAAGCGAGCACGGGCCCGGAGACCAAGGAGAGAGCCAGCUCUACCCGCGCGCGCGCGGCACCAUGUCCAGCAAGGGUCCGGAGGGCGAGCACCCGUCCGUGACGCUCUUCCGCCAGUACCUGCGAAUCCGCACUGUGCAGCCCAAGCCCGAUUACGGGGCUGCUAUAGCCUUCCUUGAGGAAAGAGCCCGCCAGCUGGAUUUGAAAUGUCAAAAAAUAGAGGUAGUACCUGGUUAUGUGAUCACUGUGCUGACCUGGCCAGGAACCAACCCUGCUCUCCCCUCCAUCUUGCUCAACUCCCACACCGAUGUGGUGCCUGUCUUUGAGGAACAUUGGAGUCAUGACCCCUUUGAGGCCUUCAAGGAUCCCGAGGGCUACAUCUAUGCCAGGGGCACCCAGGACAUGAAGAGUGUCAGCAUCCAAUACCUGGAGGCUGUGAGAAGGCUGAAGGAAGACGGCCACCAUUUCCCUAGAACUAUCCACAUGACCUUUGUGCCUGAUGAGGAGGUCGGAGGCCACAAAGGCAUGGAGCUGUUCGUGCACCGGCCUGAGUUCCAGGCUCUGCGGGCAGGCUUUGCCCUGGAUGAGGGUCUGGCCAACCCCACCGAUGCUUUCACUGUCUUUUAUAGCGAGCGGAGCCCUUGGUGGGUGCGGGUCACGUGCACUGGGAAGCCAGGCCAUGGCUCCCGCUUUAUCGAGGACACCGCCUCAGAGAAGCUGCACAAGGUCAUGAGCUCCAUCCUGGCAUUCCGGGAGAAGGAAAAGCAGAGGCUGCAGUCUAACCCUGGCCUGAAGGAGGGGGCUGUGACCUCCGUGAACCUGACCAAGCUGGAGGGCGGUGUGGCCUACAACGUGGUACCUGCCACCAUGAGCGCAGGCUUUGAUUUCCGUGUGGCACCGGAUGUGGACCUGAAGGCCUUCGAGGAGCAGCUGCAGAGCUGGUGCCGGGCAGCUGGCGACGGGGUCACCUUCGAGUUUAUUCAGAAGUGGACAGAGCCCCGAGUGACACGUACUGAUGAUGCAGACCCCUGGUGGGCGGCUUUCAGCAAAGUUUGCGAGGACAUGAACCUCACUCUGGAGCCAGAGAUCUUCCCUGCUGCCACCGACAGUCGCUACAUCCGUGCGGUGGGGGUCCCGGCUCUGGGCUUCUCCCCCAUGAACCGCACGCCCGUGCUGCUGCAUGACCACAACGAGCGGCUGCACGAGGCCGUGUUCCUGCGUGGGAUUGACAUAUACACACGGCUACUGCCUGCCCUGGCCAGCGUGCCCGCCCUGCCUGCUGAUAGCUGAGCCCUGUGUCCAGUCCCUGACGCUGCCAACCCAUGUGGUCCCAAAGGCCUCUCUUCCCCUUGAGUAAUAAUAAAGGCAGUAUGGACAGGGCCUCUCCUGAAGUACUUA